AUGAAUGAAGGAGCGUCGGAGCCGGCGAGCACCGAGAGAAUCGUCUUGAAUGUCGGCGGCCAAAAGUUCGAAACUACCGUAUCGACAUUGUCCCGCGUUCCCGACUCUGUACUGUCGGUGAUGAUCAGCGAACGCUGGCAGCGGCCCAACCAGGAGCUGUUCAUCGACCGCGAUCCCACCCAUUUUGGGAAGGUGCUCAACUUUUUGAGAGACGGCGAGCAUUUCGUGGUGCCUGCCAAUUCGGAGACUUGCGAUGAAUUGAGAAGGGAAGCCAAUUUUUACAACUUGCCCCUUUUGGCUGACCUUUGCACACCGAUGAACAUCGAUGUUGGAGAUGUGGUGCAAUGGAAACGCGAUGCCAUUCCGAUCUAUUGGAAACCGUUUGUGCGUUAUAUGGUUGACGACUCGUUGUCACUUCCGUUUAUUUACGAUAGAAACAACCACACUCUUGCCCGUUGCAUUGCUUGCGAGGAAUACCAAGACCCGAAAUGCUCAUAUUUAUUCGAUAUCAACUAUACAGCCUGGGAGCCGAUGAAACAUCACAUGCUCAAUAUGACAGGAGAAGUAACUCAGCUAAUGGGUGAUCAAUGUUGCAUUGUUUCGUGGGAUAACGGACAGCAGAUUCAUUUGCCGAAAUCGGCGCUGAUGCGAAUGCCAGGAAUUGUGAACAUGUGA